AUGGAGUUACGUGCUUCACUUGCUACGAUUCUGUUCAGAUGUUCAGUGUACAUAGAGAAAACUGGAAGAUGGUUGCUUGGAAAAUUUUGGUGGAUCAACUCGCCUGAUGAUAAGGGAAGAACUGCCCUUGCCGAAGCCAAAGAAGCUCAUGUCCCGUGGCUUGUAGAUUUGUUGUUGAACCCUUCUUCGAUCCAAAAGGAACCAUUUGAUUGGAUUACAGCAUGCGAGAGAGACGAGACAUCAGCUGUAAUUGCCUUCAUUGACAAUUGUCAUGAUCUUCAAAAGGUUUUCCGUGAACAAAAUGACACUCCUUUGCACCACAUAAAAUUGCCAACUUACAAAGAUUACAUGAACUUCUUGAAGAAUCCAUCAAUUGCAGAAAUUAAGAAUACAACAGAUCAUGGGGGUGCAACGCCUUUGCAUCGAGCACUAGAAAGGAAAGACAUACUUCUGGCUAAGACACUGCUCAAUGAUAAUGGGGUAGAGCGUAACAUAGAGGAUUAUCAUGAUACAACUGCCAUGGAUUUGCUUGCCAAGCUUUGCAAAGAAAAUGAAGAUUGGGCUAGGAUGUGCAAACAGAUCAAAGUAAAUCCAUACUUGAAAACAACAUAUAUUCAACCUGGGACGAAUCUGGAUCAAAUGCGAAACACUCUGUCUGUAGUUGCAGCUCUGUUGGCAACAAUCACAUUUGCAGCUGGAUUUACACUCCCUGGUGGCCUUAAUAAUGCAAAUGGAGAUGCCAUUUUAGCAAAGAAAGCUUCAUUUUUAGUAUUUUUACUAGCAGAUGCAUAUGCCAUGUGUGCAUCCAUGCUGGUCUUGUUCUGCUUGAUAUGGUCUAUGGUUUCUGAACGUGAUAUGUCAUAUUUAUUGGUUGAUCGCAGUGUGGUUAUACUCAUGCAAGCCCUAUAUGGCACGAUGGUGGCAUUUAUGACUGGUAUCUAUUCUGCCAUAGCUCGUAGCUCUUUGUGGGCAGCCAUAAUUAUCUUCGUCAUGUGUUCUUUCAUUGGAAUAUCAGCGAAUAGAACUGUUUUGCAUAAUGUACUUGCCAAGCUAAUUCCUGCGGCAAAUCAUGAUUGGAAAUAUCGGAUCCGGUUGCUUGAAGAGGGGAAAGCAUCUGUUGCUGCCCUUGCUGGAAACGAUGUCUCACAAAAAACCAAGUAG